CUCUGCACCUGAGAAGCACCAAGCCUCAACUAAAUAAAAAAAAAAGAGCCCAGCGACUAUCCUUUUACCCUACUUUGAAGCGCAAGGCGCCUUGACGCCGUUAGAAGGAUGAAAAUAUCCAGUACAUGCCUUGUGCUGUUGACCGCCAGGGUUUACGGGGUAACUGCGACAGUAGUGCCAAAUACCGCUAGCGUUAACCCUAGCGGGGGUGGCCGUAUCUUGACCCCCCAAAACAAUUACAAUGGCUGGGUCAAUCCUGAAGACUUGGCUCCUAUGCCACAGUGCAUCGCACAACAGGAUCAAUCCACCUGGUUGAGUGCCAUGACGAAAUGUACCGGCAAACUAUGCACCUCGCACUUUGGAUUCAUCUGCACCCACCACCAAUGGUUGACUCAGCUCAGCUGUCUCAGCACCGGAUUCUCCUCUGAUGUUAUCAAAGGUUAUUUCCCGUACUGUGGUAGAUCAGUACUCGCCAAAGCGCAGUUGUAUCAGUGGAUUCGUAACGUUACCGGCCGAACGUGGCUUGUCGAUGUCGGCGACACGAACGGGCUGGAAAAUCUCUCCCCGGCCUCCCUGACUGAAGGAUAUGCGGCCGUCAGCGUGAUUCACAAGGCACCAACAUGCCUAACGAGCUCGAUUUCUGCUCUAUCGAUGGAGCGAUUUCAGCAUGUAAUGGCCUCUUGUAGCUUCACGAGCACUACCCAACAUACCGGAAACGCUGCUCGUCCUUGGGAAUAUAAUGAAUCCCUACUGUCCAUGACCGCUCUAGGUUUCGAAACUGUAGGUUACAAUCUCACCCGGCGUAGCAUCGGAUAUGGCGAAUACUUUGAUAAAGGAUGCUUCUGCAGCACCUUCACCAUGGAUCCGAAACAGGACCCCUGUUCAGGGCCGGAGCAGAUAGACUCCACGAGGGAGCGGCUAUGGAUGAAUGCCACUUGUGGGCCGAAAUCACUACCUAAAAACUGGACGGACAAACUCAAAACGACAGAAUUCGCGUAUAUCCCCACCGAAGACUGGCACUGGCCCAUGUGUGUCACAGAUAUGCCGAAGCAGGUGACCGAGCUUACCGACCAAUGUGCAACCGAUGCUUGUGAGCUCGACUCUAGCGGCUACUGCAAGGUGCUCAAGCGCUCAGUAGACAGGGAUUGCUUCUGCCGAAACAUUAGCUACGAUUCCUGUGGAGGUUCAUGCCAGAUUUUCGAGACCCGAAUAGACUUCGUAAAGUGGCUCCACGAUCUUUGUGGCAGUAUGCGGGACUGGCACGGUCUGCCAGAUAAUUGGCGCCAGUUAGCUGCACCUACCCCCCUCGACAUGAUUCCAUGGCGAUGGACUAUCAAACCAUCCAACGAGUCAAACACUCCCCCUAUCAUCCGUUUGGGAUCUAUCAAGGCAACAGAAAAAUGUCCCUCAAAUAGGUGGAAGCUCGGAACCUUUGCUCUAGUCAAUAUGGCUACUUUUCUUGCUGCAUUUCUUAGUCAGAGAACUGGAAUACGUCGAAUCGUACGCGGCUUUCUAUGGCAACCGCACCAAUGGUGUUGGUUUUCCAGAGGGAUUUUAAUUGCAGUUCUCCAACUGCUUGCAAACUGGUUCAAUGCGUUUCUUGUCCAGAAAACCCUUGGUUAUGAGGACGUUCCGGUUAUUCAGCUGAUGCUCCUCUGGUGCUCAAUGCCUCGGCUUGCUUGGCUAGCGACUUUGCUGAUUGGUUUACAACCCUUUGAAGCAAUAGAUUUCUCCACAGCCGCGUCUUCUUUCUUUGUAGAAAUGAUCCUCCAGGGUUUUUCAUCAUAUUACAUGAUUAUAACCGUCAAUUAUGGCCGAGAACACAACUUCUACCUUGGAGGGUUGGAAAGCGCAGAGAGAGGAAGAUCGGCAAAAAUCAUGUAUGCUGGAGCACUCCUGUGGCUUAUCACCAUUAGCGUGGCGUUCGUUCGGUUUUUGCAAGCUACACGCAAGAUGAAUAGGGUGACUGGAUCUGGAAGCUUUGAUUUGCUAAAGCGGCAGAGAAGCAAGCAGACAAUAUCUAACAUUGCGGAGAAGGUGAUGGCCCAGUUGAAUGAGCAUUUCUCAUGGUUAGGGGAGAAGAAUUGGGUACAUUAUUGGGAGGACAAGAGUAGGGAUUCAGAAGAAACAUUUUUGAUCAGUAGCGAGAGGGGAAAUUACACGGUGUAUGGGACUCUCCCUGUUCAAAGCCAAAAUAGCCGAGUUUCCCGGAAAGCAUUUGCGAAUCUAUAUGCGGUCACGACCAUAAGCAUGCCCCUUCUUUGGGUUGCGCAAUGGCUCUUUUGGGGUGGAUUUGUUGGUCUCAGUUCGGAAGAGUUCUGUCCCCCUAAGCUUGGGGUCCUCGCGGCUGUCUGGAUUGCCUUCUCAUUGGGAGGCGCUACGUUUGGAGCUACUUUAUAAAUGUACAUAAAUGUACAUAGCUCACAAGUGGCUAGAGCACCUUAUCAUACAGUAUGUCUAGUACUAUCUUAACCGCAUUCCUGCGUGUUUUAGUGAGGACAAAUCGAUGACUUUACCCUACGAUCAACCCGGCUCGUGUCUAGGAUGCAAACAGUGGCGAGUGCCUGCAGACCCUCAGUAUCAGCAAAGCACUCUUUUGUAUAUCAUUUACUGCUAAUGGUUUUUAUCGCCACACUCAAAUUGGCGCUCUCGUUAUUAAUGCGUCUAAUGCAUCAUUAGUUUCAAAUAUAAUGCAUAGUUUCACGGAAUCCUUAAAAUCCUAUAUAUC